AUGAAAAUUGCUAUAUAUGCAAUGCAAGAACUACAUUGGAAGCGAGAAAAUGUGUCAGGAAAUGGGUUUUCAGAUCUGGUGCAGUCAUGGGUUUUCUCUUGCUACAAAUGGCCUUUUGGUGCUGUACAUUACCAUCAAUCUCGUCAAGCUAUAUUAUGGUGGCCACUAGGAAGGCCUCUAUCUCUUCGAGGCGAUAACUGGCUAUGGUCUCGGUGGAUCUUCCAUGGCAUUUUUUGGGAGAGUAUGGGGGUUGUUUGCACUAAGGCUGCUAGGAAGGCCUCUUGCUCUACGAGGCAAUAA